UUCUUCACUUGCAGUCUGGUCCCAGGAGGGUGGGAGUCUCUUGGGGAAAGGAGGACAGACCUGCACUUCUGGGAGAAUGGGAGAAGUUGGGCGGAUAGUGCUGUUUGUGAUGACUUUCAUCAGCUGCAAUGCCUUCCUGGAUCUGUCCAGUGUCCACCAGGUCACGGGCACAUGGAUGGGAUCCACCACUGUACCGUGUACCUAUGUGCCUUCAGAAGAUUUCACACAGCAAACGCUCAGCUGGAGCCUGGAGCGGGACUCCAGCACCUCCACCAUCUUCCGGAGGGACGACUCUGGUGACCACAUCUUGCUGUCCAAAUUCCGAGGCCGAGUCAGCGUCCCAAAGCACAGCCCAGGGGAUGCCUCACUCCACAUUCAGAACCUUGAAAUACCUGACAGUGGACACUACACUUGUCAAAUCAUCUGGAGGUCUAGAGAUAACAGCUUGACAACAAGAGAAGUGACCACUAUAGUUAAAGUUGUCAAAGGUAAAUCCAGCAGUAAAGUCCAGCUCUUGUGCAGCCAGGUUAAACCAAAAGAAGGGAGAGGGGACCAGCAUUGGUGUGAAUAGUCUUUCACACCACACUAGGUUGGGGGUUGAAGCAUCUUCUUCCCUUGCUGUGUUGGUUAACCUUCUCAACACAUGGAGGUGAAGGAAUGAACUGGGGAAGGGAGCCAGUUAGAGUACAGCCCAAGCUGGAUCUGUUGGUGGGCCAGUUGAACCCAUGAUGUUUGAGAUAACAUCCAGGUCUGGUUCUGUGCAGGCAGCCAAUAUCUCUGUGGUUCUUGUAGCAGGUGGAUGCAGUGUGAGCCAAGUCUGCCUUCUCCCCUUCCUAAGCAUCCUCAAUGUGUGCUAGAAAAAACUCUUUCUGCAAGGGGGCCACGCACCCCAGAGAGCAGGAGUUUGUGAAAGGGCAGUGGCAAUG